UUCUAUUCUACUAAUCAAGCUCGCCAAUAUCGGGACUAUAGACACAAAUUGUCAGAAAAAUGACAGAUUCUUGGCUUACAGACUAUGACAGAUGCCUGGAACUAGGGCAGGAUAUAAUGCAAAAAAUCAACGAAAGAAACAAACAUAACAGAACCAGUACUCCAUAUACAAAGUUAUCAGCACAAGUACGCUCAUCUAUGAAACAGUUUUCUGGAGAUCUACAAAAAUUGAAGAAUGGAUUGAUCAGAGCAACAUCAUCCUAUCACAUAACACAAAGAGAGGUGGAGAGACGCCAAGUAAUGAUAGACAAUCUUACAACGAAAGAAAAACAAAUUGAACAAGCAUUCCGCAAUGAGGCAGGAGAAUCCAGGUACAACUUGAUGACUGGAGGAUCAGAAUCGGCUGAUGUAUGGGGGGUUCGUGAAGAGCCAGAAGAUUUGAGAAAUGUUGGCAAUUCUGAAAUACGAGUACAACAACAACAAAUUAUACAAGCACAAGAUCAAGGACUUGAAGCAUUGUCUGAUGUGAUUGCCAGACAGAAAAAUAUGGCAUUAGAUAUUGGAAAUGAAGUUGACUCACAGAAUGAUUUGAUAGAUGACAUCACUGACCAUACAGACAGGACAGGUCAUAGAUUGAUUAAGGAAACAAGACAUAUAAGAAUAGUAGAUAGAAAAUCAGCUACAUGCUGUUACUGGGUAUUUAUUGUACUUCUAUUUGUGGCCAUACUGGUGGUGAUUAUUGUUCCAUACAACGGUAAAGGUGCCUAGCAAAACUUACACAGGAAACAGACAAAUUUUUAUCAUAGACAUGUAUAUUAUAUGUAUAUAAAUAUGUAAAUUUGUGAAAUAAUUGAUAAAUGACUGCCUUAUAUAAAACAGUGUAUUUUUAGCUCCAUAUUUUGAAGAAAAAGGGGUGUGUCAUGACCCACUUGGUAAUGUAUUUGGGAAAAACAGUGUAUUUUUAAAUGUCUUAAAAUA